CUUUACUCCACCAAAACAACACCCGAAGAAGAAGCGGCUUCCUCCAUGUGAGAAAAAGGUUCUUUUUGUAGUGAUGUUGCCGUUGAAGGAGAAGGACAAACCUCUGGUUCAGAAGCUGCUGUCAUCGGGCUGUUGUCCGCGGUGUGUGCUGCGUUUCUGCUGCAUCAAUGUCCAGUCCCUUUACAAGAUCCCGCCCCAGGAACUACUUAAGGAGCUCAAAGAGUUCAUCGGUCAUGGUGAAAUCUCAGUGGGAGAAACGAUCGAGAAUAAGAGCCAAUCAGACGCAGAUGCUGAACAGGAAGCAGAUGAAGCUCCACCCCCAAAGCGAUUCAAACCAGAAGAGACUGAACCGAUGAGAGAAGAGGAGAGUCCUGUUUGUCCUGUGUGUCUGGGGGUCUUACAGGAGCACUGUGACCAAACACUGGCCUCCAAGGUGGCAGAAGCUAUAAAAACUGAAAAUUAUGAAUUUGACUCCCUGGUUUUGUCAGUGUCUCUUCCUGCUCAGCUCUGUGUUCGAGAGCAUUCAUGUUGGCUUCAUGUAAAGACUGAAGUAAGAGCAAAGAGUCUUGUAUUGGGAAAAGAUGAUGUGAUUCAAGUGAAGGAAGCAUUCAAGUGGAACAUGCAGAGUCUGGUCUCAAAGACGCUAGGGGGCGCUGCAGUGGUCUCAAAGAGUGCGUUUGAGGUCGGUGUGGAGUUUGUUCAUCCAGACACUGACAAAGACUGCCAUUUUCUAGCAACAACAUGCUCAGACUGCUUCAAACCAACAAAAAAUAAAGAGUCAGUAUUCACACGGAUGGCUGUUGUCAAAGCCUUGGAGAAAAUUUCUGACACCAAUUUUUUGAAACAUUACCCUUGUCCUCCCCCACGCCACUCCUCCAGCUGUGUGUCGCGGGACGUCCAGUGUCUGCACACGUCAGUCUUCAUUGCAGGCAGAUACAAUAAGUUCUGCCGCAGUUUGCCCCAGACGCCGUGGCUCAUCAAUGGAGAGCGAAGGAUGGAGUCUUCUGUGGAGGAACUGAUUGCUGGACCUAUUCUGGAAACUUUCAGAGCCACAGGUUUUAAUUUUUCCUCAUCUGGCAGAGAAGAUGUAGAUGUAAGAACACUUGGAAACGGACGUCCGUUUGCGAUGGAGCUAAUCAACCCUCACAAACCCAAGUUUAACCGGGACCAAAUAAAAAAGAUACAACAGGAAAUAAAUGAUUCGUCUGACAAAAUCCGUGUUCGAGAUCUACAAAUAGUAUCCAGGGAGGCAAUGGGUCGAAUGAAGGAGGGAGAGGAAGAGAAGACAAAGUCAUACCGGGCUCUGGUCUGGACUGAGAAACCCAUUGAGAAAGAGGACAUCAGUUUUCUCAAUGACAUCAAGGAGCUAACCCUCGAUCAGAAAACCCCUCUGCGAGUGCUCCAUCGUCGCGCAUUGGCUGUGAGACCCAGAGUGAUCCACAGCAUGAGCUCAGAGUACAGGGACACACACCACUUCUACCUGGAGCUCAAGACACAGGCCGGCACAUACAUAAAGGAAUUUGUUCACGGAGAUUUCGGUCGAACCAAACCAAACAUGUGUCAGCUGCUGCAGACAGAGACAGACAUUUUAGAGCUGGAUGUAGAGUCUGUAGAUGUGGACUGGCCGCCUCCAAUACCAGAGUGAACCGUGACUUGAGCUGCUCUGAAAUGGACAAAUCAAACCUGACAGAAAACCAAAGGCCAGAUCGGGGUCGUAGAUGAUAUCAGGACGAGAGAUGAGCUGUACUUUUGGACUGAAUAUAAGCCAGAGAGCUUGUAUAAAGUGUUAAGUUAUAUCUUGGACCUUUCAUUUGAAAUUUAGGAUUGAAAUAAACACUUCUUAAUUCAAUGAGUCAGAUUUAACUUUGAGUAAAUAUGUUUGGUUUAAAGUGGUUAUUCACCCUUUUGCCAUUAUUUUCAAAAUAAUUGUGUCUCAGAUGUCCUUGUUUACGUGCAUAUGACAGGUCAGACUACUUACUUCAUGUAGUACUGCUCCCUGUACUUAAUAUUAUGCUAACACUCUUACAUUGUUUUGACUACUUUAGAGAAGUUGAUCAUUUUGCAUCCUGGUUGGAAAUGAUCAGAAGUGACACACCUUACGGUCAGAAAAUUGUUCUUUGUGCCUAAAUGGUCCCUGUAUUUUGGAUGGGAUUUUGUGCAUUGAUGAGAAGCUGCCAUUUCACAGAUUUAAGUGAUUUUUUUUUUACCACAGGUACACCCACAUACAAGAUAAUAAUAAAAAAACAGUUAUAGUACAUGCACAUUGAAUAUUUAAAUGAUAGUAACUUUUUGUUCUUGCUCCUCUCAGUUCCCAACACUAAUGCACAGGACUCUCUUCAGAAUGGAAACCUUUAGGGUCGACUGUGUCCCAAUUCGCCACAUGCACAGUUCAAAGUGCCGUUCGAAGUACCCGGCCAACGAAGGGUACUCCUCCGUGUACCCACCUUUGUGCUGAAAUGGGACACGGAGCAAACUUCAACCUCUGUCUGUGCACUUACAUAACGUAUCUUAUGUGACAUCGCUGAAAUAAUUAGUUUUAUUAUUUGAUAGAAGAAAAGUCAAGGUGUCAUCGCAGCCGUUUAUUUCUGUUUAAAUUGAAUGAAGUAAGGAUUUAAUCUUUCCCUUUGAAUAUCAAUAGACAAAUGUAAGGUUCGAGGUGAUUUUUUCCCAAUUGUAGCUUCUACAUAACUUUAACAAAAUAUACCUUGUUAAAACGUAAAAACAGAGACAGAGGUAACAGUAUCAUUUUUACAUUCAUAGUCUAUAAACCAGAGAACACUGAUUAGUUGUACAUAUAGUGGGAUAUUGCAGUUUAACGGUUCUGUAUCUGGGCCAGGUUUAAUUUGAUCUGUGGCUAAAUCACUUUAAUACCAGUAGAGGGCACUGUUUACCUUCUAUGCAAUAUAUGUCAAACUCAAGGCCCGCGGGCCAAAUGUGGCCCUCCACAUCAUUUUAUGUGGCCCUCAACAGGGUAAAUUAAAAGGUAUGAUGGUCUUAAAAUCUCAAUUUAUCAGGCAAUACGCAGUUACACAGCCAUAUUUUUACAUCUAAGCAAAUGCAUAUGCAAUAUUAGUAACUUGAAUAAGCAAUAAAUACAGAAAGAGUUAACAAGUUAAAAAAUUAUUAGGUUUAUUUUACAUCUGGCCCUUUGAGAGCAGCUAUUUUGGUGAUGUGGCCCUCGGUGAAAAUGUGUUUGACACCCCUGUUCUUUGCCUUCUAUACCUGAAUGUGCCACAGCUGCACAGGUUUUUUAAUCAUCAAAUACACGGCCUGUAUAUAUCUUUAAUCAGAUUUUAAAGUUUCAUGUAGCAACAGUUUCAUGUCGCACUGUUGUAGGUGACGUAAACCAGUACUUACAUUUGAACGUGUAUUGCGUAGCAGACCCCAUUUGCGUAGACGCGGUGCAUGACGGGAUAUAGCAGUGCGUGAAGUGUGCUCGGAUGCACGCUCCGGCUACGGCCGAUCUCCAUGGAAACGCAUGACACAUUUUCGGGCGCAUCCGUCAGGUGCAUGAAAUGGGACAGCACUUGUCAUGCCAGAAGUUACGUAAGCCCUUAAAUGCACCAUUUGAACAGCACUUGGAACGGUGCAUUUUUUUAACAGCAUUUCCCGUUCCAUUUCUCACCCAAACUGCCUCCAGCGGCCCCCCGGUAAAUUGAGUUUGAGACCCCUGCUUUAGACAAUCUUCACUUUUACCUUCUAUGUUAACGAGACAUAUUUGCAGUUACUAAUGUAUUAUUUAUGGAAAAAGCAAUGUGAAAACCAAUAUGAAAUGUAUCUUUUACAAAAGUGAAGAAUCAAGACACCAAAACCCCUGAAAUG